AUGUCUGCCAACAACAACACCUCCACUCUCAAGUCCUACGUCGACUCCGCCACCGGCGCCGUACAGAACGCCGCGGGCAGCCUCUUUGGCAGCACCGGCGACGAGGCCCAAGGCAAGGUCAAGCAGCAAAAGGCCGAGGCCGAGCACGACGCAUCGCACGCCGCUGUCAAGGUUCCGGGCGGGACCCUCUCCUCGACUGGUGUGGCCAAGGACGACCCCGACCGCUCAGCCGGGGUCGUGGAACCAGACGGCCGGCCAUACUCUCACGCUCAGACACUGAUCAUCUCCCGUGUGCCACAGAGCCUCAAGCAAGCCGGACGCGACCAGAACCGGGCCGGGCAGGAGCAGGAAGCGCGCGGGCAGAUCAACGACUUCACGUCCGGCGUGGGUGACCGGGUGACGGGUGCCUUGGGCAGCGCCGCGGCGGGCUUGACGGGUGACCGCGCCAAGCAGGAGGAGUACCAGGCCAAGCACGACACGGGCAAGACGCAGCAGCGCGGGGCCGAGAUCGAUAUCCAGAAGCAGGCCGAGGCGCGGGACCGGUCGUAG